CUGGGGUCAGUUUCAGCAAGCCUCAAAGCAGCACUGGACUAUGACUUGCUAAAUGUCACGCUAAACUUGUUACAGCUGUUUUACUCUAGAGUAGAAGCAAUGGAGAUUCCAAUAUUUACUGUUGAUUCUUUUACUAAUUUACCAUUCAAAGGUAAUCCUGCUGCAGUAUGUCUUAUAGAGAAUGAGCUGCGAGAUGAUCUUUAUCAGAGCAUUGCUGCUGAGAUGAAUUUAUCAGAGACUGCUUUCAUCACAAGACUGAAUUCUAUGGAUUAUUCCUCAGGUGCAAGGUUUGGAUUACGCUGGUUUACUCCCACACGUGAGAUGCCACUUUGUGGACAUGCAACACUGGCCUCAGCAGCAGUGCUCUUUUACAUGAAAAAAAAUGUCAACCCUGUACUGGUGUUUGAGACGUUGAGUGGGGAGCUAUAUGUGCGUCAGCAUGAAGAAUCUCUAAUAAUGGACUUUCCCUUAAACAAACCAAAGCCCCAGGAUCAACAUGAAAUCAAGGAUCUUUUGAAAGCUGUAGUAGGAGAUGUACCCAUUCAGGAUGUGUGCUACAAUCCAACCACAAGGAACCUGAUGAUUCGUCUUGCUGACACAUGCGACAAAUCUGAACUUACAUCUUUGAAGCCUGAAGCAGAAGCCCUGCUGAAAAAUGAAUCUACUGGGAAAAUGAAUGGUGUCAUUGUUACAAUGAAGGGAGCUCCGACCGCACAACCUGGAUAUGACUUCUAUUCCCGUUACUUUUCUCCUUGGUUAGGGGUCCUUGAAGAUCCAGUCUGUGGGUCUGCGCAUACAGUUCUUGCUGCCUACUGGUCUGAAAAGCUGAACAAAAAGAAAAUGUUGGCAUACCAGUGCUCCAGUCGUGGGGGAGAGUUGGGGCUGGAGAUCAGGGAUGAUGGUCGACUCAACAUCAUUGGUAAUCCUGCUGCAAUAUGUCUCAUAGAGAAUGAGCUGAGAGAUGAUCUUUAUCAGAGCAUUGCUGCUGAGAUGAAUUUAUCAGAGACUGCUUUCAUCACAAGACUGAAUUCUAUGGAUUUUUCUUCAGGUGCAAGGUUUGGAUUACGCUGGUUUUCCCCAAAAAAUGAGGUCCCACUUUGUGGACAUGCAACCCUGGCCUCAGCAGCAGUGCUCUUUUACAUGAGAAAAAAUGUCAACCCUGUACUGGUGUUUGAGACGUUGAGUGGGGAGCUAUAUGUGCGUCAGCAUGAAGAAUCUCUAAUAAUGGACUUUCCCUUAAACAAACCAAAGCCCCAGGACCAACGUGAAAUCAAGGAUCUUUUAAAGGCUGCUGUAGGAGACUUACCCAUUCAGGAUGUGUGUUACAGUCCAACCACAAAGAAACUGAUGGUUCGUCUGGCUGACGCUUGUGACAGGUCUGAACUUGUGUCUUUGAGGCCAGAGGCAGAGUCUCUUCUGAGAAAUGAAACCACUGGUAAGAUUAACAGUCUUAUCAUUACACUGAAAGGAGCAGAGAGCACUCAGUCUGUGUAUGACUUUUACUCCCGUGUCUUCGCCCCAUGGGUUGGGGUCCCUGAAGAUCCAGUCACUGGGUCAGCACAUACAGUCCUUGCUGGCUACUGGUCUGAAAAGCUGAAGAAAAAGAAAAUGUUGGCUUACCAGUGCUCCAGUCGAGGAGGCGAGGUAAAGCUGGAGAUAAGAAAUGAUGGUAGACUGGACAUCAUUGGUCAGGCACAGAUCAUUCUUCAGGGAACUCUUAAAAUCUAGACAAACUCAGAGGUGUAAAGUAUUUGAGUAA